AUGGAGGCUCGACCAGCCAUCAAAGCGCCCUCUCGCGGAGAGGAGUCUGUGCCACACUCUUCCCCCGUUCCAGGGCAUUGUAACGUCCUGCCAGUUGUGGGACAGCGCGCGCACAUCGCAUCGCAGACGAGCACGACAUUCGUUCAGGCUGCUGUCUCUGCAGAUCAUCAACGCGGAUCAAAGCAGAUGGUCACGCAGAGCCUCUCCCAGUCUACGCAUCUCUGCGAAAUGUCUUCCCAGCUGGGUGGCAGCCGCCGCACGAACACCUUCAGUCACAUGCUUGACCGUCAGUUCAAUGCAUCAUGUACGACAGCCAUGUCCCCCCCUCCACAAACGCCUAGCAGUUCCCUGAGGGCUCUGCCUGAAGCCCCAGAGAAAUCCGUGCUGGGUGCGUCACCGCUGUAUCCUCAGACGCAGGUUGCGCCAAAGUCCGUGAACGGGGCACACGUGCCAAACCCGGCUGCGGCGCCUCUCAGUGGCACAAGCCCGCAUCUGAAAGACGACAUGGACAUGGCGGACCUGCCAGCCAUAAUGCAGUCGAAGGCAAACAUGUCAAAUGAAGCUAUAGUGACGUCGCCGCCCGACCUGGCGAGCGCACCGGCAGCCGAUGUGCCGCUGUCCUCCUUGCCGACGCCUCCGGAGAACACGUUGAUCAUUUUAGACUACGACGACACCUUGCUGCCCACCAACUGGGCGGCCGUCCAGAACCGCGUGGGUCUUAACGAUGCGGUUCCUCCGGAGAUGCUUCCCCCUCUUGCGGAACUGACUGAACUCUGCAUUCAAACCAUCAAUAUGUGUCUGAGCAAGGCAAUGGUUGUGAUUGUGACAAAUGCGAGUGUGGAGUGGGUCAACCGUUCUGGUGAAAAGUUCAUUCCUCAGGUCUUGAGACACAUUCAGUCUCAAGGCAUCGAAAUUAUCUCUGCCCGCGACCGCCUUCAGAGCACGGGUAUGGCGCAACGACAGUGGAAGAUCCAAGUCUUUGAAGAAUUGAUCAACGACGUAUUCGGAGACCGCAUGCGCGAGGGAACUGAGUGUACCGUCAUUUCUAUUGGCGACGGAGAAGGCGAGCGAGAGGCAUGCCUCGAGAUGUGCCGCAAUUUGGGCGUCAACGAAUGGCUCUUCAAGUCUCUGAAGCUCCUGGCUCAGCCAACGUGCAACCAGCUCAUUUCAGAGCACAUUCUCGUCCAGCAGGCCUUCCCUGAGAUCCUCAAGGUCCCCCAGUCUCUAGAUAUGGCUAUUCUCGACUACAAGAACUGCGGCGGCAACGACGCGUCUGCUCAGCCAGCGGCUGCGCAGCCCAUGGCGCAGAAUGCGAACUCGCAGCCAGUCGGCGCGUCUGCGUCGCCUCACAGCGCCCCGUUGCAAACGGCCUCAGGCUUUGCGCGGCCUUCCGCAGCCGUCAGUCCGACCCAGAGGAAGCCGCCGCUCUACAAUGGAUCUGGGGCGAGCUCGAACGGCGGGGCGACAGUCGUCAGCGUUAACGGCGGCCGCGGCGGUGGAGCAGAGGCCGUGCCUCGUGGGGCAGCGUUGAGCGGCGCUUCCGCCACAUCGCUCUAUCCCAAAAACAAUGUUGCAGCAACAAAGUCAGACGUCUCGCCCAACACAGAUGCAUUCGUCGAUCUUAUCAGUGACCAGCUCAAGGCGCACCACCAUGACCCCGUCUCCACCGGCGCGGCCUCGCUGGCCCGGAAGAAGGCGCCGUUCGCGACCGCAGGCGGCUACGCGGAAAAGGCAAAGCUUCUUCGACGGUGA